ACUCGCCGCGCUGGUUUGCUAUGCAUGUUGUGUGUGGAUGUGUGCGCGCGCGUGUUUGCAUGAAUGUGUAUGUCAUUCUCGAUACGCGUCCACCGGUCGCGCGAUGCCUACUAGGGUUUAUGGACGUGUGGGGAGCAGAGCAAAAGAAAGAAAGGCAAGAAAAUGUUACCCAAAGGUACGGGUAGAAAAAGUAUCCUGAGUGGAACUAAGCAGGAAAGAGGAUGCGUCUUAAGGGAAUGUACACGCAAAGUUUGACGGAAAAGAAAUGUUAUCACCACUUUCGGUCCUCGCAGAUUUUGGUUAAUAUUCUUCACCACAGUUACAUGAAAAAAUAUUUGCAUUUUUAAGAAAGCAGCAGUGCUCAUGAAGGACAUUGAAACGGGACACGGCUGGGAAUUUGUUUGGGACAGGUCCCGUUUGAGUGCACAGUAAUCGGGAUAAAAACGCACCCAGACGAUCAACUGUUCGCUGCGUGCUGCGGGAAACAGUUAUUGACGUCACUACAGUGAGUUAACUUUGGGUUGUGAAAAUCAAACGUUCAUCAAACUGCUGCAGCUGCUGCUGCAAAGCUUCCGAUUGCUACGGAAUUGCUCGAACACAGGUGUCUGCGGAUGCUUUGUGCAGCAUAAAAGCUUUCCUCAUACACCUAUGCUGGCAGAAAGAAAAAAAAAACGUCACCAAUUGUCAACAAGCAGCAGCGAAAGCGAAAAGAAAAAGUAGAGAAGCAAAAAGCACGACGGACGCGUAGGAAGUGUUUGUGAGUGUGUCUCUACGUUGAGCUACCGAUACGUGCGCGUGCGUGUGUAUGUGUGAGGGUUUUUUGUGUGUCUCGUCUCGUUUGAGGUAACGCUUGGUUUGCUGUUGGCGCUGUGUUGAAGAAGGAAUCGCCAGGAGGCGCCAUUUUCGGGGUUCACUUGCAGUGUAAAUUAAGUACGGCCAAAAGGAGAGCGAUCAGAUAGAAGGGGCGCGCUACCAAAGGGCUUAUCGUUGUGGGCGGGAGUGUGUCGUUGCAAAGUGUUCGUCCCGCGUGCGUGCCUGUGCGCUAGUGAGAGUGUUGUGUGCGAUUUUCACCGCACGGUGAAGAGGCCGAGUAGGAAGGUGCAUUGUUUAUGUUCGUGAAAUCAACAGUGAAAAGGAGGGAAAUUGGAGGUGGAAAGUUUGGCCCCGCUGUGUAUGUGUGUGUGUUGGUUUGAUUCCCUCAAAAUCUUCGCGCUCUAGUGAGUGUUAUUUUUUCUCUUCCUGCAAAGGUGUGUUUAGAAAGGACGCAGAACCGGAAGAGCAUCCGCAAUUGCAAUUGCCGAAAAAAUUGUGCAAAAGAGACGAGAAACCGUUAAAAAGUGAACUUGCUAUAUUUUCGGCGGAAAAUUUGGAUCCACGGUGCUCCAGUAGGAUUUUAGUUGCUAAGCGCCUUUUUAAGGCGCUUCAGUGUGUUGGAGAAAUUUUUACAUUUUUUACGAAAAAACGGCUAAAUAAACAACAACUAUGACAACCAACAUGUACCGUGUCGGAGACUAUGUCUACGUGGAGACAUCGCCGACGACACCGUACCAGAUUCGGCGUAUCGAUGAACUCAACAAAACACCGAGCGGCAAUGUUGAAGCCAAAGUGAUGUGCUUCUACAGGCGAAGGGAUCUUCCGACGCCGCUUGUGCAGUUAGCCGAUAAGCACCAGAUGGCCACAUCCGAGGACUCCCCGGCGGCGAUGAAGUUAAAGAAGAUGUGGCUCAAGACACCCGUCAGCGAGGAGCAGGCUGCUCAAGCGGUGCUAGAUCCUGCCCUAGUCGCAUUGGAGGAGGAACGAAACAACAGUCCCAACAAUGGUGGAGGCGGCAGUGAACGGGGGGAACAUCUUAACCCAAAACAACGACAUCAGAUGAAGCAGCGAGAACUGUUCCUGUCGCGCCAAGUCGAAACACUUCCCGCCACCCAGAUACGGGGAAGGUGUUCCGUAACGCUGCUGAACGAAGAGGAAUCAUUGCUCAGUUACUUGAACAAAGACGACACGUUUUUUUACUGCCUCGUAUUCGAUCCGACUCAGAAAACGUUGCUAGCGGAUAAGGGCGAAAUUCGUGUCGGUGCUCGUUAUCAGACAGAUCUGCAGCAAAUGCUGAAACCAGGCGAAAAGGAUGAACGCAACCUAGAGGAAUUGGAGACGCUUGUUUGGACGCCGCAGCAUUCGCUUACCGACAAGAAGAUCGAUCAGUUUCUGGUAGUUUCGCGUUCGGUAGGCACCUUUGCGAGGGCGCUCGACUGUACCAGCUCUGUCAAGCAACCGUCCCUGCAUAUGUCCGCUGCAGCUGCAAGCCGUGAUAUUACCUUGUUUCAUGCUAUGGACACACUCCACAAACACAACUAUUCGAUAGAGACUGCAAUGUGUUCGCUGGUUCCAUCGAGUGGGCCUGUUCUUUGCCGGGACGAGAUGGAGGAAUGGAGCGCCUCUGAGGCGAACCUGUUCGAAGAUGCGCUCGAUAAGUACGGCAAGGACUUCAAUGAUAUCAGAAACGACUUUCUGCCGUGGAAGACGUUAAAAAGCAUAGUGGAAUACUACUACAUGUGGAAAACGACGGAUCGCUACGUGCAGCAGAAACGUGUGAAGGCGGUCGAAGCGGAAUCCAAAUUGAAGCAGGUCUACAUUCCGAACUACACCAAACCGAGCCCGGCAUUGAUAACAAACAACAACAAGGGCAUAUUGAAUGGAAAUUCUAAUGGGGGCAGCGUGGACAUGAUGAUUUAUAGCAGUACCAAGGCAUGUGAAUCUUGUGCUACUAUGGCUUCGCCGCAGUGGUACUCCUGGGGUCCAGUGCACCUCAACAAUCGGCUGUGUCAGAACUGUUGGACCUAUUGGAAGCGUUACGGAGGCCUUAAGGUUGCAUCUAGGCUAGCGGACAACGGGGAGGUCGAUCCGGUGGCCACGAUCAACACCAGUAGCAGCAAUGCUUCACCAGUUUCGCUGAAGAAGCGUAACCCCGGGAGCGAUAUUGACGACGAUCUAACAAUAGUGGCUAGUUCCGGUCCUAUUGGAGGACUUGGAGGUGCGACCGUGGCCACAGCAUCCCCGGGCGGUUUAAGUAACCAUCGACCGCACAGCCCUUCCUUUAAAUGUUCGAUUGUGAACUGUGGUAAGGAGUUUAAACUGAAGGCCCACCUCGCUAGGCACUACGCACAAGCGCACGGCAUACAGAUACGAUCUGGUUCACCUCGGCCUAUAAUGAAAACUCGAACUGCAUUCUAUUUGCACACGACUCUAACGACGCGGUUGUCACGGCGGUUAUGUCGUCACAUAAUACGUUCGAAGAAGGCGGCCCGUCAACCGUCUUAUGCGAUCAACAUUGCCAGCGUGAAGCAAGAGUUUGCUAACGCCGAAGCUGGGAAAAGUGCAUCGGACAUCCGUCGGUUGCUUACGUUCCGCAAGAAGGAUCGCGGCAGCGUGACACAGAUUGCAAACAGACUUGGAAACCCGGGCGUUAGUGUUAACGAAUGGUUGGUAUUGACACCGAAGGAAAACAUGCCCAAGCCAGAUGUGGUAGCUUUUCCGAAACCACCGAAAGCUCCGGACGGCACACUGUUGUACGACCGGAUACCAAAUAAGGGUGAAGAGGCUGGCAAACCACCGAAUGCGGUCACCUCGCCGGCGGCGGGUAUUCUGGGUGGCGCAGCAACACUUCCGGGAACGGUGGGUGGUGCGUUGGGCAGUAAAUUAGCUCCGUUAGUCGGGUCCGGGGGACUAGCGGUAACGCCGAUUGUAGUCAGUGGUACAAACAGCAACUCCGUUGGGACUGCUUGCUCUGCUGUGGCUGGAAGCGGAAGCACGGGUAGUACAGGCGUGACUACCGGGACAAUCGCUAAUAGUGGUAUGCCAGCGAUUAAUCUACAUGCAAGCGCUAUGUCGACAAGCAGUCCACCGCGCGGGCCGACCCCAACAGGGAGUUCAUCUGGGGCGACGUCAUUGAAACGACGUCCAUACGAAGAUGCAAAUGGUAUCGAUGCUACUGUGGCACCGCCGGCUAAGCGGCCUAAUAAAGAUCCCAGACCGUCACAUCGGCCCACUCCCGAACAAUAUGCGGCUAUGAUUGCAGCUGCUCAAUCCGCUGGACAACCUCUUCCUCGACAUCAUAUGAAUGGAAAACCAAAAAUUGCCCAAAUGGCUCGAACUGGUUCGGGACGAAAACAGGUGAUCAGCUGGAACGAUGCUCCGGAUGAUGUGUUCUACCGUUCCACCAAAGCUGGCCGUAAACUACGGCGGGAAAUUCCAAUAGUAGAGUUGCGUCGUGCAGCACGAAAACCUUGGCGAAAUUUGCAUCCCAAGUACUCAGCGAUCGUGGCAGCCCUCUUGCCAGUGGCGUCUGUGACACCUAGUCUGCCGGCGCAGCUCACGGCCCAGCUGGGUCACGCGGCACAACUAGCUGCGGCGAAUGCUGUGCAACAUCCCACCUCAGCGAAUCUAAAUCUCAACCUAGCAGCGGCAGCAGCCCUGGCAGGAGUUCAUCCACUGUCAGCGGCCUCGACUCUCGCUCUCAGCGGAACGCUGGGAGCAGCGGGAGGCACUGUUAUAUCGCCAGUGGGAGGCGUACCUUCACUGUCUGGAGGAUCCACCGGAACGUCGCUAGUGUCUUCCGGCGCGACUGGUCUAACGAACAGUAGCAGUAGUAACAACAAUAGUGGUAAUAGCAGCAGUAGCGGAGGUGGAGGUAGUGGUGCUAGUGGUGUGGUCGCUACCGACAGCAAUAAAAGUGAUCUGCAGGUUGUAAUCUUAGACUGACCCGAACCGCCGAAGAACAUGCACUU